GUUAUCAUCGGAUUGUUUUAGUAGGUAUAUAGAAAAAACAAAACAAAAGAAAAAUAAUGACCGGUCGUGGAAAAGGUGGUAAAGGACUUGGAAAAGGGGGUGCAAAACGACACCGAAAAGUUUUACGUGAUAAUAUCCAAGGAAUUACCAAACCUGCUAUUAGAAGAUUAGCUAGACGUGGAGGAGUAAAACGUAUAUCGGGAUUAAUUUACGAAGAAACUCGUGGAGUUUUGAAAGUGUUUUUGGAAAAUGUUAUUAGAGAUGCCGUAACAUACACUGAACAUGCUAAAAGAAAAACGGUAACGGCUAUGGAUGUUGUUUAUGCUUUAAAACGUCAAGGUCGUACUUUAUAUGGUAACAAAAGAAAAAUAAUGACCGGUCGUGGAAAAGGUGGUAAAGGACUUGGAAAAGGGGGUGCAAAACGACACCGAAAAGUUUUACGUGAUAAUAUCCAAGGAAUUACCAAACCUGCUAUUAGAAGAUUAGCUAGACGUGGAGGAGUAAAACGUAUAUCGGGAUUAAUUUACGAAGAAACUCGUGGAGUUUUGAAAGUGUUUUUGGAAAAUGUUAUUAGAGAUGCCGUAACAUACACUGAACAUGCUAAAAGAAAAACGGUAACGGCUAUGGAUGUUGUUUAUGCUUUAAAACGUCAAGGUCGUACUUUAUAUGGUUUUGGUGGUUAA